AUGGAUAAAUUCUUAAGGAGUAAUACGGGCAGUUCACGAAACCCAGAUGAGUGGGCGAUAGUUGCUGUGGAGGAACAAACUAAUGUGAACGAUGAAGACCAGGACCCUACCCCUACGGAAGACAAUGUUGACAUCAACGAGGAUGAUAACAAUGUAAGUGGUCAUGACAACAUAUUUAAUUCAUCUGCUAUAGAAUCUGCUAGUGUUGAUGAGCAGCCAGUUUUUACUACGGAUAUUUAUGAUCCAAGAAAUUGGGAUAAUCUUGAUAACAAAGCUAGGAACAUAUUAGUGGAGAAGGGGCCUAUAAGAGAAGAAAAUAUUGUAUUCCCUUUAGAUGACAACUCAAGACAUUUUUCGUAUGCUCAUUUCUCUAGAAAAAUGAGCAAUGGGGAGGUUAAUGACAGAAAAUGGUUAGUGUAUUCGAAGCACGUUGAUAGAGUGUUUUGCUUUAGUUGUAAGAUUUUCAAUUCUAGAAAUUGCAAGAGUUCAUUGGGGCGUGAUGGAUUUAGAGAUUGGAGGCAUAUUAGUGAGAGGCUAAAAGAACAUGAAAUUAGUGUCGAGCAUAUUACCAACAUGACCUCUUGGAAUGAACUGAGAGCUAGAUUGAGGAAAAGUGAAACAAUUGAUAAAGAUUUACAACAACAAAUCACAAAGGAGAAAGAACGUAUAAGACAAGUUUAACUAAGAAUAAUUUCCAUUGUCAUUCUUGGUAAACGUAAUUUGGCUUUUAGAGGAUCCAAUGAGCAACUCUAUAAUGAUCAGAAUGGCAAUUUCUUAGCUUGUGUUGAGAUGGUUGCAGAAUUUGACUUGGUGAUGCAAGACCAUCUUAGACGCUUAAACUCAGGAUGUUACAUUUGGCAUGCCAUUUUAUUUGCUGUUAACACUGUGAGUAAGAAGUUGCAAUCACCGUCCAUGUGCAUUGAGUCUACCUUACAGCAAAUUGAAGGCAUAAUGAAUUACUUUCACAGCUAUAGAAAUGAAGGAUUUGCUUCUAGUCUGAUCAUAGCCAAAGAUAUUGCAUCUGAAAUGGGUGUAGAGGCAUCAUUUCCAGUAAAGCGUCAUUCUAUUAGGAAGAAACAGUUUGAUGAAACUGAUUAUAAUGAAGCAAAUUUGCAAGCUGAGAGGGUUUUUGAAGUUGAUUACUUUUUUGUUAUGGUUGAUAUGUUGACUUUACCAGAUAGACCAAUGUCUGCCAUGGAGAUUUUUGAGUUUGUCAGAAAUGCAGAUUGUUAUCCUAAUAUUUCUGUUGCUUAUCGGAUCUUAUUUAUUGUACCAGUGACUGUGGCAUCUGCCGAAAAAAUCUUUUCAAAGUUGAAAUUAUUGAAGAACCAUUUGAGGUCUACAAUGUCCCAAGAAAGAUUAAAUGGUCUGGUAACUUUAUGCAUUGAGAAGAAAUUAUUGGAUGAGAUUGAUAUUGAUACAAUCAUCAAUGACUUCGCAUCUAGAAAUAUCCGAAGAAAUUUUUAA